AUGUUGCGUUCAUAUAUAUCAGCGACAACGCUCAUCUCCACGCGUUUCGGAACUAGAGCCCACAAUCCUCAAUUCGCACGAAGGCUUGCCUCAGUGGCAACAUAUCCAUCAACGAGUUCGACUUCACACCACCAUAAAGUGAUUGUCGUGGGUAGUGGCAGUGCUGGCCUUACAAUCAGCCAUCAAUUACUUCGAUCGGGUAGUUUCAAACAAGAUGACAUUGCUCUCAUUGACCCUGCCGAAUGGCAUCACUACCAACCUGGCUGGACUCUGGUUGGCGGCGGCCUCAAAGACAAGCGAGAUCUGCGAAAGCCUCUAAAUUCUCUCAUCGAGCCACAAUUGAAGUUCUACAAUGAGAAGGUGGAAACCUUCUCGCCGGAACAAAAUUCAGUAUCCCUAGGCAACGGUGGGAAGCUCAACUAUGAGCAACUUGUAGUUGCACCAGGUAUUAGUGUCAACACCGGAGCUAUUAAGGGUUUGCCUGAUGCUCUUACGAACCCAGAUUCGAACGUCACCUCGAUAUAUACAUAUGACACAUGUGAUAAGGUCUUUCCGGAUAUUUCUAAGCUCAAGAAAGGCAAUGCAAUCUUUACACAUCCCGCUGGCGUGGUCAAAUGUGCAGGAGCCCCACAGAAGAUCAUGUGGCUCGCCCUGGAUCAUUGGAAAAGUGUCGGUCUAUACGAUAUGAACAAAAGUGCCGCUUCACCAAUUCACAUCUCCUUCGCGACUGCUAUGGGGGUAAUGUUUGGUGUACCCAAAUACAGCAAAGCGCUCAAUGAGCUGCGAGAGCAGAGGGGUGUUGAAGGACUAUUCCAGCACGAUCUUGUGGCUAUUGAUGGCAACACAGCUACCUUUGCUCUUCCCGAUGGAAAGGAUCAAGUUAAGAAGCACUUCGACUUUAUGCAUGUCGUCCCAAAAAUGGCGCCUCAUGCAUUCAUCCAGAACAGUGUUCUUGCGAAUGAAGCUGGCUUUGUCGAUGUUGAUGAGUCAAACCUUCGUCAUAAGAAAUUCGCCAAUGUUUGGUCCUGUGGCGAUGCCUCGAGUCUUCCUACCUCUAAGACCGCGGCUGCAAUUACGGCCCAGGCUCCCGUAUUGGUACGAAAUUUGCUUAAUACCAUGGAGAGCAAACAGACGUCAGACACAUACAACGGAUACACAUCAUGUCCUCUUUUAACAGAAUACGGCAAGGUCAUGCUUGCUGAGUUCAAAUAUGGAGCCGAGCCCCAAGAGACGUUUGGCUCCGUGUUUGGUAUCAACCAGGCUGUUCCACGUCGUGCUUUCUACCAUCUGAAGAAGGAUUUCUUUCCCUGGGUGUACUACAAAUCAAUGGUGAAGGGUACUUGGGCUGGGCCAAAAGGCUGGCUCAGAUCGUGA